UACGACAGGUCGUAAAGUGGUACAAGCAGUAGACACGUGGGUUUUGUUAUUUGGCGUGCAAUCAUGUCAGUGUACGCGAAAGCCGCGGAUAUUCUGGACAGACUGGAGAGGAACGAGGCAGCGGUGAAGACGCUCAUAUACAACAGUGGAUUUCGGAACAUCAAACAGCUGUAUGCCUUAGUCUGCAACACGCUUAAAUAUUCUGAUGUUCUUGAAGAGGUCAUCUCUGGCACCAGUCUGAUGAAAGAAAAGAAGGUCAAAAUGAACAUUGUCAAGGUGCUGGUAUAUGAUCACCUCUUUGGCCGGGGACUUAAAUGCGGGGGUGGAUGGAAAAAUCUGAUUAUGAAGCACCAUGUGAGAUUGCAAGCAUCACUUGCAAAGCUUAAAGUUAAAAGGAAGGUCUGCCAAAAUGAAGAUCUUCUUCAAAAAUCAGUUAGUGAAAAUCAAGGUAGGCCUCUGCCACGUUAUGCCCGUGUCAACACUAUCAAAACAACUGUAGAAGAUGCAAUUGACUACCUGAAACGAGAUGGCUUUACCUAUCAAGGGCAAGCUAAAAGCCUGGAAGACCUUGGGCAACUAUCUGGAAAGAACUUCUGUUCAGAUUUGCACCUUCCAGAUCUCCUUGUGUUCCCAAGUAACACAGAUCUUCACGCUCACUUCCUGUACCAAGCUGGCCACAUCAUACUUCAAGACAAGGCCAGUUGCCUUCCAGCAUACCUCUUAAGCCCGCCCCCUGGGGCCCAUGUGAUUGAUGCCUGUGCCGCUCCUGGGAACAAGACUAGUCAUCUGGCUGCUCGUAUGAGUAAUCGUGGGAAGUUAUUUGCCUUUGACCUUGAUCCCAAACGACUGUCUACUAUGAGCACGCUCUUGCUUAGGGCAGGAGUUACAUGUCAGGAGCUGGCUCAUAUGGAUUUCCUAAAGGUCAAUCCACAGGAUCCCAAGUAUAGUCAAGUGGAAUAUAUACUCCUUGACCCAUCAUGUAGUGGGUCAGGUAUUGUAGGUCGAUUGAAUGAGCUUACUGAUAACCCUGCUUCAUCUUCAGAAGAGCGCUUACAAGCACUUGCGAGGUUCCAGCAGCUGUGCCUGGCACAUGCUCUUCGCUUCCCUUGUUUAAAACGUCUGGUUUACUCAACAUGCUCAUUGCAUUCUCAAGAGAAUGAGGAUGUUGUAGCUGCAUGUAUGCAACAGCAUGAAAAAAGCUUCAGGCUUGUGGCAUUGCUUCCAGAAUGGCCGGAAAGGGGCCGUGCUCCACUAACACAAUGUCUAAGAGCAAGCCAAAGCAAAAUGCUCACCAAUGGCUUUUUUGUGGCCAUGCUGGAAAAGAAGGAUUCUGAAGAGAAAGCGCAGACUCAUGGUCUAAUCUGUUCACCGGCUUCGGUGGAAAAAAGGAAGAUGGAUACUGGUAACACUGUCUCCAAGAAGAGGAGAAGGAAAUAGAAAAUAUGAGCCAUCCAGAACAAAAAGAGCCCGGCCAUAUUUGAAAUGACUUGAUCAGAGCUUUCUCUGGUUGUUUAUUCAAGCUGAAGCCUGCACAAGAAGACUUCAGAGAUGUUCCCCUCCGAGAGGAUAACAAGCCUAUUUUUCACUUGUUGAGGAUUUUGAAAGUUGCAGAAAGAUGCCAGCUGCAAAGAAUCGUUGCAUUCUUCAAAGUCUCAAGCUUUUAAUGGAAAACAUAACAGUAACGGAUAAAAAAAUAUUUUUAGGAAGCUGAACCAAUACCUUAAAAUCAAAUCAAAUAUCCUUUUAUUG